AGUGCAUCAAGUAGGGAAUAGGCUGUCUUUUGGGACGUCGCCCCGACAACUGGUUGUAAAGUGGGAGGGACUCCAGGGACCCGUUACUUCACGCGUUUUAAUUGAGCCGUGAGAAGUGAGAACAAUUGUACCUGCGAGCCGAGUGUCUCCACAGGUGAUUUAUAUUCUCUCAUCCUGGUCUCCAACUCAACUCGCCAUUAUUUGAACAGUAUAGUCUUCAUAAUAACACUAUUUGUCAGCCGAGCCAUGUCGAAGACCGCUGACCACCGAACGCACCUCGUUCUUGAGAACUACAUCGGAGGAAAGUUCGUCCCGUGCUCCCGACACAUCGACUCCUACGACCCUUCCACCGGGGAGGUCUACUGCAAAGUGCCCGACAGCGGAACGGAUGAGGUGGAGGCUGCGGUGCAGGCCGCUAGAGAGGCAUUCCCUGAUUGGUCAGCCCGUAGCCCAGCUGAGAGAGGUCAGGUGAUGAAUAAACUGGCUGACCUGAUGGAAGCUCAGCUGGAAGAGUUGGCCCAGGCAGAGUCACGAGACCAAGGUAAAACCGUUUCCUCCCGUGUGUCUGUCUGUGUUCCAGGUAAAACCGUAAUGUUCGCCCGUACGGUGGAUGUCCCGCGGGCGGUCGAUAACUUCAGGUUCUUUUCCUCUUCUGUUCUCCACCACACCACCGACUGUACUACCAUGGACCAUCUGGGCUGUGUCAACUACACUGUCCGUAGUCCUGUGGGAGUGGCUGGUCUGAUCAGUCCCUGGAACCUGCCUCUAUACCUGCUCACCUGGAAGAUCGCUCCGGCUGUUGCUACGGGCAACACGGUGGUUGCUAAGCCCAGCGAGAUGACCUCGGUAACCGCCUGGAUGAUGUGCAAACUACUGGAGGAGGCUGGGUUUCCUCCGGGUGUGGUCAACAUGGUGUUCGGCACCGGCCCGCGGGCGGGCGACGCUCUCGUGGGCCACCCUGACGUCCCAUUGGUCAGUUUCACGGGCUCCACGGCGACAGCCCAGCGGAUCACAGAGCGCUCGGCUCCGUUCUGUAAGAAGCUGAGCCUGGAGCUGGGUGGGAAGAACCCCGCCAUCGUCUUCUCAGACGCUGACCUAGACCAAGCUGUCACCACCACCGUACGAUCCUCCUUCUCCAAUCAGGGUGAGAUCUGUCUGUGCACCAGUAGGAUCUACGUAGAGAGGAGUAUUUACCCAGAGUUCCUGAAGAGGUUUGUGGCGGCCGCGCGGGAAUGGAAGACCGGUGCGCCCUCCGACCCCGACAACAAUAACGGAGCUCUGGUCAGCAGGGAACACCUGGAGAAGGUGCGUAGCUUCGUGACCCUGGCUCGGUCGGAGGGCGCCACGGUGCUGUGUGGGGAGGGCGAGGACCCGCUGCUGCUCCCCCAACGUAACACCAGCGGCUACUUCAUGCGUCCCACCGUCAUCGCCGGCGUAGCCGAGUCGUCCCGUGUGAUGCAAGACGAGAUCUUCGGCCCCGUCGUCUGCGUCAACCCCUUCGACGGCGAAGACGAUGCUGUCGCUAAGGGCAACGGGGUACGUUAUGGCCUGGCGGCGACUGUGUGGACGCGUGACGUCGGGCGAGUGCACCGGGUGGCGAGGAGGUUAGAGGCGGGGCUUGUCUGGACCAACUGUUGGCUGGUCAGAGACCUGAACCUACCGUUCGGAGGCAUGAAGAACUCAGGGGUGGGGAGGGAAGGAGGGAGGGAUAGUUAUCACUUCUUCACGGAGGUGAAGACCAUCACUGUUAAACACUGAGAGGAUGGAGGGAAAACAUGUUUCUGUUGGUGUGUGGUCUUGUUGUUCUUUGUUAGGGUUUAGAGGUUAGGGUUUAGAGGUUAGGGUUAGAGAUUAGGGUUAGAGAUUAGGGUUUAGAGGUUAGGGAUUAGGGUUAGGGUUAGAGGUUAGGGUUUAGAGGUUAGGGUUAGAGGUUUAAGGUUAGGGUUAGGGUUAGAGGUUAGU